CCUUAUGAUUUAGCUGGAGUUUGCUCCUUAGAGACAAUGACGCCAAAAAUGGCGGCAGCGACGACGGUCUUUGGGUUUUCUCCGGCAAUUGCUUCGUUUUCUUCUCCGGCGAACGACUGUUUAAAUCCAGUCAAUUUUCGGUUAUCUGCUCGGCUCUACAAGCCGCCUUUUCUGGCUUCGAGCCUGACAACUGCUCGUGUGUCAUCAGCAUUAGCGCCCAAGCAACGGAAUCGAUCAUUUGCCAUUUCCGGGUCGCUCAGCGAUGAUUCCGGGCCAAACCCUGAAGAAGAAUCUGAGGAUCCCAAAGAGGGGCAAAUUGCUUCUACUGAUAUCAAACUACCAAGAAGAAGCUUGCUUGUGCAAUUUACUUGUAAUUCAUGUGGAGAAAGGACGAACCGGCUUGUGAAUCGACUGGCUUACGAAAGGGGACUUGUCUUUGUCCAGUGUGGAGGAUGUCUCCGGCAUCACAAAUUAGUUGACAAUCUCGGCCUCAUUGUCGAGUAUGACUUCCGCGACACCUCAAAGGAUUUGGGUGUGGAUCAUGUUUGAUUAGCUGUGGCGAAUGAUAUAGUUUAGCCAUAUUUUGUUCUUUUUCUCUUUUUUUUUCCUUUUGUAAGCAUGACAGCAUUGACAGGAUCUCGAUUUCAGAACAAUUCAAAGAAUGAUAUUAUUUGAAUUUGUAUAAUGGGUAUACAUAUGGGAAAAAUGUGAUGAUA